AUGGCCAAAGGAAUGCGAGCUGCACUCCAGAAACAUCAUCAAAAAACGACGAUGUCUACUAAGGUAUCGCUCCUGAAGAAACUCUGCAAGGCGGAGUUCGACGAAAGCGGUGACAUGGAGGCGCAUUUGUUUCGAAUGGAUGAACUUUUCUCAAGUCUGAUGAACGCGGAUUUUGGAUUCGAGCUUGAAAGUGGCCAUGGUUCUGAAAAGUAUGCCAGAAUCCUACGAUCAUCGGACGACGACCUGACCAUGGAAUUUGUGAAAAAUAAAUUGUUAGAUGAAGCGCAGAAGAGGAUGGAGAAAACCCAUCGAACUAGUGCCGAAACAACCGAGGAAAUGGGAGAUACGGUUCUGGAAGAGGUCACCAAGAAGGUCAAGGCGAGCAACAUCGGAGCUUCUCAGAGUUUUAGUACGUAUGACCUUGAUUUGGACAACAGCGAAAGCAACUGUGCCGUCUCUAACCGCGGUGCCUGGUGGUACACAAAUUGCGGAAACAGCAACUUGAACGGUCUCUACCUGAGGGGUCUAACUGGUGGUAUGUUCUGGGAGACUUUCCAAGGAGUUAACUACAGUCUUAAGAAGAGACGUAUGAUGUUGAGGCGUUAG